GGAGGUCUUUGGUCUCAUGGAGUCUAUGGCAAGACAACCGAGUUCGACACGUCGAUACAAAGUGAGACUGGGUUUAUGGGAUGGUAUUUGGGUCCAGAAAACAGUAAGAACACCCUAUAUAGCAAAUCCUUUUCUAAGGUUAGCCUUGUUAUAAACGUUAUUAACCUUGAUUUCACAGCCGAGGCAAUGACGGAUCCAAAAACAUGGACGACAUCGGGGAACUACGCAGCUGGUUGCAACGGAAAUUCCUGCAGGUUUGCCACAAACUGUGCCAAUAACAAUAUCACAUAUGAUGAUGGCCUUAUAGGUUCUUGUGGCAGCGCUACAUGUGUCACUAUGACAAUUUUUCAAACAUUCCCCUACGCAACACCCUCGGCGAGUAAUAUCUUUUGUGGGUUUCGUUGGAAGGCAAACACGAUAUAUCGCGAACUGGAAGCAACAACAACCGAGUCAAGUACUGCACCCCCCUCCUCUCCAACCCCAUCCACUACAACUUUACGAACUGGUCAAUUUCCCACAACUACUCCAGCUCCAACAAAACCUAUAUCCACUACGGGUUCGUCAGUCAGUCAAUCACCAACGUCUACUGCGGCCACAACAACAACAAGUUCCAGCAAAGCUUGGAUUGCGGGUGUUGUUGUUGGCCCGAUUGCAGGCAUUGCACUUAUUGCAGGCCUCAUAUUUUGGUGGAACUAUCGCCGAAAGGCAAAGCAGCCUUCGUUAUCACAAGAGCAACUAUUUAUGGCCCACGGUCCUCCGCAGUCACUACAACCAUCCACGGGAUAUCCGCCACACCAGUCAACAGGAUAUCCAAUGGAAAAUUAUAAGCAAAUGCACGAACUGGAUACUGCUCAGACUCCCCGUUUAUAUGAGCUAGGCUCGACUAGCUACAGGUAG